GCAGUGGCGCCCUCGUGCUGUCAUUGCAGCGGCAAAGUAACAUCUAUCAUUGAAGGGACGGAUUGUUGGUUUUUUAUUAAAAUUAUAUAUUUUUACUGCAGAAAAUGGAUGAAGAAGGCGAUAAUCUUUUGCUUGAAGAUAAUUACUAUCAAUUACUGAAUGUUUCAAAGACGGCAUCUUUAGAGGAAAUAAACAGUGCAUAUCGUCGAUUUUCACGCAUGUUCCAUCCUGAUAAACACAGUACUGAUCCAAACAAGCAGAAAUGGGCAGAACAAAUAUUCAACAAAGUCAAAGAGGCUUACGAAGUGCUUUCCGAUUCACAUAAGAGAGCAAUCUAUGAUACACUAGGAAAGCGUGGUUUGGAGGUGGAGGGUUGGGAGGUAAUAUUUCGCACUCGCACACCUAGAGAAAUCAGAGAAGAAUAUGAAAGAUUAAAGCGUGAGAGAGAGGAACGAAGACUCCAGCAGAGUGCCAACCCUCGUGGAACCAUCACAUUGUCCGUAAAUGCUACGGACUUGUUCAUGAAAUAUUACGAUGAGUAUGAGAUUUUGGAGGAUACAACUGUUAUACCAAAUAUUGAGGUGUCCGGAAUGACUAUACAACAGUCGAUUGAUGCUCCAGUGACACUAAGAAACACCAUGACUCUAUCAGGAAACAUAUCAACACAAAAUGGAAUCGGUACGGGGUCUGUGAAUGUUUGUAAUCGUAACCUAAGUUCUGAGAAAGGAUGGACAGAAGUGGAGUGUGGUAUAGGUAAUGGACCUCUCCUCGGUUUCAAAAUAUUCAGAACUCUGUCGCGACUGAUGUUCCUGAACUGCGGGACAGUUUUGCAGUUUACACCAAGAGGAAUUUCACCAAGUCUUGUAUCAACCAUGGCUGUGCAACUAGAUGCUCACUCGGUUGGUUACUUGACGUAUCGCGCUGGGGGACAAGGUGGCUCUUCUAUGACUUCCAUUUAUGUUCGAGACUCGGAGAAAUACCAUACAAACACUGCGCUACAGAUCGGCACUCCUCACUCUUUUAUAUCAUUCAACAUCAUGAGAAAACUGCCUCAGCAUGACAUGAAACUCAGGCUGGCCUUGAAGUUGGGCACGUUUGGCGCAAUAGCUGAAUAUGGUGCUGAGAAAAAAGUUUCUCAGAACAGCAGCGUGUCAGCGGCCGUCAUGCUAGGAGUUCCAAGCGGAGUUAUGCUUAAAUUAAAAUGGACGUGUUCGUCACAAACUAUUGUAGUACCAAUCCACCUAUGUGAGGAGGUGAUGCCAUCGCCUGUGUUCUACGCGACUGUGGUUCCUCUGGUGUCAUGGUUGGUUCUAAAAAAGAUCAUCCUCGAUCCCAUUGCUAGAGAACGACAGGAGCGUGAGAGGCAGCGGUCUAUGGAGGCUAAUUACGAAAGGUUACAGGAAAUGCAGCGGCAGGCCAGAGCCACUGUAGAACUGAUGAGAGAGACGUACUCAAGAAUCAGGUCUGACGAGGAGAAAAAGAAGGGCCUGGUCAUUCUCCGAGCUAUAUAUGGAAAGUUACCUUCAGGUGCUUCUGGUCACGAAGUAGGAGCAGAGCCGACGGGUGACGGUGUGUCGCCGGAGAGCCCCACCAUGCUAGGAGAAGUGAUAGACGUCACAAUACCGAUACAAUGUCUCGUUAAAGACUCUCGGUUAGAACUGCUCGAAGCAAGCAAGUCUGAGUUGCCCGGAUUCUACGACCCGUGCGUUGGCGAUGACAAGCACUUGACAAUUCAGUACAUGUUCCACAACAACCUACACUGUUGUACUGUUUCCGACAGCCAAGCCCUCGUUCUUCCACGUAAUAAUCAUCGGAUAAAAAAUAGAUCCUGAAAUUUAAAAGCGAAGCGCAGGUACAAAGCUACGGCGCGCUCCCGCCCUCUUCCCUAAAGUUAAUGAGUAGACCUCGUGAUUAAGUCGACAUGAAUGUUGCGCUUAAAUCCAGAAAAUUAUCAUUACAAGCUUUGAACCUAGGCAGCUAAUGACAUUCCAUUACUUUACUAUGCCAACAGCAGCCCAUCGUCAGUAGAUAGUAGCCUUAUAAAAGCGUUGAAUGAUAAUGCUUUAAUAAUUGUUUUCUAUAAAAAGUGCCUCGAAACUGUAGCAAUAUAUUACAUAAAAAGAUGCAUAUUUACACAAACAUAGUAACUAUAUAUUUAUGUAUAUUUUAAUGCAUAAUUUUCUGUGCAGAGAAUUGAUAUUUUAAUAUAUGUUAACAUACUGUUCUUAGUAUAACUUUAUCAGCCUAUUAAAAUGGUAGGAGUCACAGUGUUAGUUAAAAAUAGUUAUCAAUAUUUGUUGAUUGCAUAGUUAUUACGUAGGUGUAAAAUCUAUACGCAACUGUGUAAAUAAAUCUUAGUUGUAGUUUUACUAAAGUUGUCUGAUCUAACUUCAAUCGAUUUGAGUAUCAUGCCAGUUGCGGUAGACGUGUUUCACUACCGUUGUUUCAAUGUAUUUUUGUUACAUUACUGGGCACAGGCUCGUGUCACGAAGGGUUAUAAAAUGUACAAAUAAUAAUCAAGUAAAUCUUUAAUUUAUAUUUGAGUAGUCUUCCCGCACUUGUUCGAAUAUAAUUGUAAUGAAGUAGUUACCCGAAUGCGUUCUAAUCUUAUAAAUAGCGAAGAAUAACUUAGGUAGUGCUUUGUGUCUUAGUUAUUCAGAGGCAUGGGAAAAUUGUGUAUUUCUUAUACGACUUACGUCUAUAAGUUCGAAAAUACUAAAAAUUCUCUUACUCUGCGUAAAACUUUAAUUUACUUAGUGCCUUAUGAAUUUGUCAGUUGAACUCCGACGAAAAGGAAUGAGAAAGUAUCUACUUUAUAGCCAUUCUCGAAAAUAUCUGAAUGGGCUUGUGUAGAACCGUCGCUAUUGUCCUACAUAAGUAUGUGGGUAUACGUCACGUUCUGUGCUUGCAGGUUUGUGCUAUAGCCGGUCAUGUCGUGACAAGACAAAAACCGAAGAGUUCAUUAACUCGAGAGUUGUAAUAAUUAAUGUGCGAGUGGAAAAAAACUUUGUUGUCGAACACUUCGCAGAAUGUUAGUAAAGUGAUAAGAUCUCGCACGCACAUGGGAUAUAAUAUUAACCUUGCGCGCGAGCCCUCAGUCGGAUACCCAAAGUUUCAAACCAAUAUUCACAUAUAUAUUUUUAUAGUAACCUAAUAGUACAAUAUAUUUAUGCUAAACUGUUAAGAUUAAAAAACUUGAUCAACACGCGUUCGCUCUGGCAGCAAAAAUUCAGUCUAUAUUUAUUCUCUAAAGAUAUUUCCAUCGUCCAUAAAUUUCUGUCCGCAAUAAUUAAUCCUAAGUAUUUUCCAUUGAUUGUUAGAGCCGAUAGAUAAUUUGUGUAUUUUUCUAGUUAGCAAGAUUCGCACAAAACUAGCCGAUAAAUGAAUUCUUAAUUAAAUCUACCUUGAAACAGCGCUUGCACAAAAAGCUUUGAUAAUUAAUUUUCUGGAUUUUGGCGUGUUAGUUAGACCUAAAAGUUAAUGGUUGAACAGUUAGUUUUUUUGAAUUUGUGCUUCAUCGGUGUAGUAUGAAGAGCAACGAUAAAUCGCAUGUAUUAGUCGAAUUACCUUCUAGUAUUGUUUUCAAUUUUUGUAAAAUAAUAAAUGUUGUUUAUUCUAAUCUUAUUUCGAAUACUUCCAAUAAAUUAUCGCCUAUAUUGUAUUGAGCGCAUGUUUCAUCGUUAACUAUAAAUGUUAUCUUAUUUUAUGACCUUAAGGAAUAUAUGCUGCAAAAUAAACAUUAUAAAGUUGUUAACUAA